CACCGCAUAGUGAACAGACAAGGGAUUGUUGUUGAGUGUCAUGAGAAAUAAGAGACCUGCGGUUUAAGAGCAUUACAUCCGGUUAACACUUUAUUAGAAAUGUGAUUUUUUUUUGCAGUAAUACUUUAAAGUAGUACUACAUCGUAAUAUUUGACUGCAGCUGCUGUCGACCUUGUGUUGCAGGGUUUCCAGAGUGAGGCUUCAGAGCCGGGAGACAAACGCAGCUGAGUGACACAGCCAUGGCUUCAGAUAUCAACUAUCAGGACGGGCCAGCGUUUUCUGCAAACAACGCGAGCCCAGUGGACGAUGAGGAUGACUCCAUCCACCCGAACAGUCCUUCUCACAGGCAGAGCGAGUACGAGCGAAUUGGAGGAAGAGCUGGAUCCUCUUUCUUACAGACGUUAAUUCACUUACUGAAAGGAAACAUCGGUACAGGACUGCUCGGCUUGCCUCUAGCUGUAAAGAACGCAGGGCUCCUGAUUGGCCCUCUGAGUCUGCUAGUGAUGGGCAUUGUGGCUGUACAUUGCAUGCACAUCCUUGUGAAAUGUUCACACCAUCUAAGUGCAAAGUUAGGGAAGCCAUUUCUGUCCUAUGGAGAGGCAGUGGAAUACGGGAUGGAGAAUGUGUCUUGGUUAAGAAGGCAUUCAGUAUGGGGAAGACGUGUUGUGAAUUUGUUCCUGAUCAUCACUCAGCUGGGCUUCUGCUGUGUGUACUUUGUAUUCCUGAGCGACAAUGUCAAACAGGUGAUUGAGGCAGCCAAUGGGACCACAUUUGACUGCAACACCAAUGAAACUGCAGUGGCUGUUCCCAGCUUUGACUCCCGUAUCUACAUGGUCAUCUUCCUCCCCUUCAUCAUCAUACUGGUGUUCACACGCAAUCUCAAGUUCCUGGCUCCUUUCUCCUUCAUUGCCAAUGUGGUCAUGUGUGUCAGCUUGGUGAUCAUCUAUUACUACUGCCUAACGCACAUUCCACACCCUGUCAGCCUUCCGUUGGUUGGAAAAGCUGUGGACUAUCCUUUGUUUUUUGGAACUGCUAUAUUUGCCUUUGAAGGAAUCGGUGUGGUUCUGCCGCUAGAGAACAAGAUGCAGAAACCGCAGAACUUCAACAAUGUGCUGUACUUGGGAAUGGGUAUCGUCACCAUGCUGUACAUAUCCCUCGGCACUAUCGGGUACAUCUGCUUCGGCGGACGCAUAGGGGGCAGCAUCACGCUUAACUUACCAGACUGCUGGAUGUAUCAGGCUGUGAAGCUGCUGUACUCAUUUGGGAUUUUUAUCACGUAUGCUCUGCAAUUCUACGUGCCAGCUGAAAUCCUCAUUCCCCCGGCAGUGGCGAGGGUCAGGCCCAAGUGGGCACUGCUUGUGGACCUCAGCAUUCGCGUGGGCCUCGUCCUACUUACAUGUGCAUUGGCUAUUCUGAUUCCAGAGCUGGACCUGGUCAUCUCAUUGGUAGGAUCAAUCAGCAGCAGUGCUCUAGCACUCAUAUUUCCUCCUCUGCUGCAGAUCAUCACAUUUCACACAGAUGGAAUUCCCGUCGGAGUGAUCAUUAAGAACGCUGUCAUAAGCCUACUUGGGCUUAUUGGCUUCAUAGCCGGGACCUACAUCUCCAUUGUGGAAAUCAUCCACCGCAGUCACUCUAAGCACAGUGACACCUUUCGGGUCUUUUGGUGAUAAUCCUAUUACACACUCUACGCCAAUCAGCCAUAACAUUAAAACCACUGGCAGGUGACGUAAAUAAGAUAGAUUAUGUCUUUACAAUUACACUUGCCAAUGGGUCAGAUAUAUUAGACAGCCGGUGAACAGUCGAUUUUCAAUGUUCUCUAAAAUGGGCAAGCAUAAGGAUUUGAGCGACUCUAAAACAUCAGGUCUUGUGGGGUGUUCCCGGUAUUUAGCAGUUAAUAUCUACCAAAAGUGGUUUAAGGAAGAAAAACUGGUCAAAUAGCAACAGGGUCAUGGGAAACCCAAGGCUUACUGAUGCACUUGGGAAGUGAAGGCUUGCCAGGCUGGUCUGAUGCCACUAAAGAGCAUGUAGCACAAUUUGCUGAAAAUAUAAAUGCUGGAUAUGAUAAAAAGGUGUCAGAACACAGUCUACCACAGCUUGCUGCUAAUGGGAAUGUUUAGCAGCAGAACUCUUUUUCACUACUGAAAGUUAUUAAGUGGGCGUGUGAGGAACAAUCAUGUGGGUGGCCAGGUUUGAAAUGGAACUAGGAUACCCUAUGAGAAGUAUACAAAUCGAGAGAAGCUGUUAAAUACCCUGGGAUUCCCUGGAAUUCAUGUGGAUGCUUCUUACCUACUGCCACACCUACUUCCAGCCUAAACCUUGUUAAAGACUUAACCUUGUUAAAGUACACUCCUUCAUGGCAACAAUAUUCCUUAUUGGCAGUGGUCACUUUCAGCUAAAUAAUGCACCCUGAUACACUGCAAAAAUUCCUAAGGAAUGUGUUGAGGAAAAUUACAAAGAUUAUGUUAUUUAUUAUUAUAUUAAGCAGAUUAUGGCUAAUGUUAUGGCUGAUCGGUUUAUAUAUCAUUUUGGGAUGACAUAAUACCUUGGACUUAUUAUAGUAAAGCUGUUUACCUUGAAUUCACCUGGAAGCACUUUGAACAGUUCGUAUUUGAGUAUUCUCCAAAACUGAAAUAUGUACAAAUCACAAAAAUAGAAGUAGGUGAAUUAGUGUAUACAUUUUUUUGUUUGGUUGGUUGUUUGUUUUGCCAGUUGUACAUUAUUUGUAAUGUAAAUUGAUAACUCGAUAUUUUUUAUGUGAUCAGGUCAUAAGUUACUGUAUAUGUGUGCAAGACCAUUUAAUCCUAUUUCAAUGUUAAAUGUUCAUUUGUAAUCAUGAAAAUAAAGAAAAACUAAAGUCAGUAGAAAUAAAAUUGAGAUAAAUUCAAACUUUUGAUGCAAAGCGCUGUUUAAAAUGGGUACAUUUAUCUAUUUAUAACCAUUACCAUUUUAUACUGGCAAAAAUAGUUUUUUGUUUUUUUUAUAAAUUUUUUAUUUAUUUUUUAUAUAUUACUGUUUUGUUCAAUGCUUAUUAGAUCAGGAACCAGGUGCUUUAAUGUGUAACAUUAUUACUUGGAGGCAUUUGUGCCAAUAUAGAGUCCCAGUAGAAAGUUAGGAUGCGCCAUCUACUGUAAUCCAGUAUUUUUUUGUUUUGUUUUGUUUAAUGAUUUAUUUUCUACAUUCUGGAAAAUCAUGGAUUUUUGCAAAAUCAUGAAACAACCUACUGUAUAUGGCAAAUUAAUGGCACCAUAAUGAACCUGGCUCUAAUGAAGACCAUCUCAGGAAAGCAAAGCAAAACCUUGCAUAAUAAACUUCUCCUCUGCUGCAGAGUUACCAACCUCAAAAAUCAUCAAUUACAGCCGUUAUGAAGGCUUACAAUGAGCAUUAGUAGCAGACACAUCUCAGUAUUAACUGUUCAAAGGAGAUUAUUGCAUAUUUUAAUACCUUCAGGAUUGUUUACAAUGUAGAAAGAAAUAAAAAUCAGGAAAGACCAUGAAAUUAGAAUGUAUGUCUGAACUGUUGACUUUUAAAAGCACCCGUGUGAGCAAAUAAAAGAUCAUUCCAAAUAAAGCAAACAACCAUAUAUUAAAACAGAGGAAUUCAAAGUAUUAAAGGUUCCUUUUUUCAUCUUUCAAAAA